CUGCAUUCUAAAAUAUCAAGCUUGGCCCGUCACUUCUCCGUGAAAGUUUCAAUUGGAGAAUACAGUUUGGCAAAAACCCCGCAAUAUGGCUCCUCCGCCGCCAGUGCCUGGGACCCAAUCUUUUCUGUAUGGCGGACUUGAUGCCUAUGACGCAUCAAAAUCAACCCAGUGCCACUAGGAAUAUUUUUUUGAAUAAAAAAUUAUGGGGGCCAGAGCAUGCCUCGCAUUUUCGGCCAUUCAGUCGGUUUCCAAAUAGAGGAAGACUUGAAUGAACUUUCUUUUCAUUUGGGAUCGUGCAAGGCUGUACCAUUCAGACACUGACGCAAUAACUGUAGCCUUUAAUAUCAUCAUCAAGAUCCGACUCGUGGCCUUGAUUUUUUAUUUUUAUUUUUGAUGCAGGUAUCAUUAUUCGGGUUAUUGGUCACAUGUACUCCCGAUACACUUAAAAAUAAAACGAUUCCAAUGAACAUGGAUGAGGGAUUAAAAGUCAAAAGGCAAAAUAGCCGCAGAAAAAAUAAGGGAAUUCAGCGUGAAAUCAAGUCCACUGCCAAGUCUUAUACAUCAAAUCAUCGUCACGAGAAAAAAGAAAUGAGGGGCCAUCACGCUUAUCGACGGCAACUUGAGAAAGCAGCGGGCACCCUGAAAAAUAAAGAAAGGAUACACUUCAGUGACCAAGCCCAUUUCUGCUGCGCCUUUUAUCAAGCGCAGUGAAAGUUUUUAUUUUAUUCAUAUCCAGCCGCUCUGCAUGUACAGUACUAGAAAAGAACGUUCUCAGCCAAAGUUGGCCGGGUCUACCUUAUUGAAUCAUGAAUUGUAUAGUUUUUCA